AUGAGCAGCAGGAUGAAGAGCUUGUUGCAGCGACGCGAGGCGACGCGGAUGCUUGUGCGAUGGCUCCUGUUUCUGAGUCUCGGAGGGCUGUCCCUUUCUGCUCCGAAGGGUUGGGUUGGUCUGAGUCGAGGAGCGGGAGCGGGCGGAGCGGCAGGAGGAGCAGCGGCUCUCCGAGGAAGAAGGAGCCGGAUCCCAGCACGAGACAGCGUCUCGAGCGCCUGCUGGAGCGGGUGGAGCGUGGGCCCUCUUGGCCCAGUUGAAAGCGCCUUGGCCUUCCGGAUUUAUUAUCUGCCUUUUGUGGAGCCUCUCGACAUCGAUGGAAACCUCCUGGACCAGCUCUUUGGAGGUUGGUUUGGGCCUGUGUUUGCUCCUCUUCUGCUGGGUGUUCUUGUGUUCUGGAUCCAGAGCCAGAUCAACGCAAUGAGGCGGGAGCAGGAAGGAAAAGUCUUAAGAAACGCCGCCAAAGCAGUGGGCUCUGCAGCAGAAGGCGCUGCGAAGAGUGCAGCGCAGAGCCUCUCCGAGAGGCUCGGAGACUUACCCAAGGAGCAGUGGCUUAAGCUGCUCGUCUGCUUGGCCAUCGACCUUGCCGGUGAUGCGACCUUCUUGCUCCCAGGCCUCGGGGCCAUAAGCGGCUAA